UGUUGUUGAUUAAUCUUGCCACCGAAAAUAUCUGGUUCUGUUGCUAGCUAGUCUAUCUUGUUUCAAGUAAAUUGCUGGUCUACGACGUACGCGUGCGUCAUUGCACACGUACCAGCUCAUCAUAGCCUUGUAUAAAACGAUCAGAGUCCUCCGUUGUAAGGCAAACAAAGCCUGUGCUGUACCUAUACCUGAGCUUCUCCUUGCUGCUUCACAGCCGAGUGACGGAGUCAGCCUAGCUGCCAUGACAUCCGCGAUGAGCUGGUGGUGGGCGGGCGCGGUGGGCGCCGUCAAGAAGAGCCAGGACGAGAGCGCCGCGUCCUCCUUCCAGAGCGUCGCCCUCGUCGUCGGGUCCACCGGCAUCGUCGGCACCUCGCUCGUGGACAUACUCCCGCGACAGGACACCCCCGGCGGGCCCUGGAAGGUGUACGCCGUCUCCCGUCGCCCGCUUCCUCCCUGGUGCCCGCCGCCCUCCCCCGCCGUCACGCAUCUGCAGAUCGACCUGGCCGACCCGGCCGCCGUAGCAGAGGCUCUCACGCCGCUCGCCGACAUCACCCAUGUCUUCUACGCCGCGUGGUCCAGCCACCCGACGGAGGCCCAGAAUCGGGAGGCCAACUCCGCCAUGCUCCGCAACGUGCUGUCUGUCGUCGUCCCGGGCUGCCCCGCGCUCGCCCACGUCUGCCUCCAGACCGGCCGCAAGCACUACGUCGGCCCCUUCGAGGCCGUCGGCAAGCUAGGUGUCCCAGACCCGCCCUACACCGAGGACAUGCCCCGCCUGGAUUACCCCAACUUCUACUACGACCUGGAGGAUACCCUCUUGGACGAGGUCUCCUGCCGCGACGGCGCCGUCAGCUGGUCCGUUCACCGUCCCUCCGUGGUCUUUGGGUUCUCUGCCCGGAGCGCCAUGAAUAUCGUCGCCAGCCUAUGCGUCUAUGCUGCCAUCUGCCGCAAGGAGGGCGCUGUGCUGCGAUGGCCUGGCUGCAGGGUCGCCUGGGAGGGUUUCAGCGACGCCUCGGACGCGGACCUCAUCGCCGAGCAUGAGAUCUGGGCUGCCGUCCAUCCGUUGGCAAAGAACGAAGCUUUCAAUUGCAGCAAUGGGGAUGUGUUCAAGUGGAAGCAGCUCUGGCCGAUGCUGGCCGAUCGUUUCGGGGUGGAAUGGGCAGGGUAUGAGGGAGAGGACAACCGGUUCGUGCUCGCCGACGCCAUGGCGGGGAAGGAGCCCGUGUGGGCGGAGAUUCUCCGGGAGAAUGAGCUUAUCACGACUGAGCUCCAGGAGAUCGCCAAUUGGUGGUUCGUCGAUGCCAUGUUCAAUGUUGAGAUCGAGCAUCUGGAUAGCAUGAACAAGAGCAAGGAGCAUGGAUUCCUCGGCUUCCGUAACACGGCCAACUCCUUCAACGCAUGGAUUGACAAGAUGAAGGUUCUCAAGAUUGUUCCGUGAUGCUUUUAUAUUGUCUAUAUCUAGUCCCAUGCUAUAAUCUAGAAAAAGAAAAAGAAUAAGCUAGGACGGCGGCAGGGCUGCAGAAGGUAACAUGGUUGCUCGGAACGUGACCUAUUUCGCUUUCGCGUCAAUCUUAUAUCUCUCCAUCCGUUU